UGGUAGGAGGCGCGAUUCUGUGCGCUGAGGCGGUGCCUGCCCUGCCUGCUUCAGACUGCGGCGGGCAGAGCUGUUUGUUACAGAAAUGGCGGAGGGGGAGUUGGACGUGGACUCGCUGAUUUCCAGGCUUUUAGAGGUGCGAGGAUGUCGUCCAGGGAAGAUUGUCCAGAUGACAGAGGCUGAGGUGCGUGGCCUCUGCAUCAAGUCCCGGGAGAUCUUCCUCAGUCAGCCAAUCCUUCUGGAGCUGGAGGCUCCCCUCAAAAUCUGUGGUGACAUCCACGGACAGUACACAGACCUGCUGAGGCUCUUUGAAUAUGGCGGCUUUCCUCCAGAGGCCAAUUACCUGUUCCUAGGAGACUAUGUGGAUAGAGGGAAGCAGUCUCUGGAGACCAUCUGCCUGCUGCUGGCAUACAAGAUCAAAUACCCCGAGAACUUCUUCCUGCUCAGGGGCAACCAUGAGUGUGCCUCCAUCAACCGCAUCUAUGGCUUCUAUGACGAGUGUAAACGCAGAUUCAACAUCAAGCUGUGGAAAACUUUCACCGACUGUUUCAACUGCCUGCCCAUCGCUGCCAUCGUGGAUGAGAAGAUCUUCUGCUGUCACGGAGGUCUCUCUCCUGACCUGCAGUCUAUGGAGCAGAUCAGACGCAUCAUGAGACCCACAGAUGUGCCUGACACAGGCCUGCUGUGUGACCUGCUCUGGUCUGACCCAGACAAGGACGUCCAGGGCUGGGGAGAGAACGACCGUGGCGUCUCUUUCACCUUUGGCGCCGAUGUGGUCAGUAAGUUCCUCAAUCGCCACGACCUGGACCUCAUCUGUAGAGCACACCAGGUGGUAGAAGAUGGUUAUGAGUUCUUUGCCAAGCGGCAGCUGGUGACUCUGUUCUCAGCUCCCAACUACUGUGGAGAGUUCGACAACGCUGGCGGCAUGAUGAGUGUGGAUGAAACCCUGAUGUGCUCUUUUCAGAUCCUGAAGCCAUCUGAGAAGAAGGCCAAGUACCAGUAUGGAGGGAUGAACUCCGGCCGACCCGUCACUCCUCCCCGCACAGCCCAACCCCCAAAGAAACGAUGAAGAACAGACACGGAGACGUCGGCCGUCGUCUUGUGUGCGUUUGACCACAGAAUAAGUAAAGGAAACACUUGGCAGAGGAGUAAAACAGAUCAGCGCACCUCUUUUAAAAGAGACACACCCAAAUCAGCCUUUCAUUAGCAUCUUCUCAUCUCCUGAACUGCUGUCACUCUCCUCCUUCCUCUCCCAUGCCCCCCCCCCCCCCCCCCGCAUCUGUGUAACAUUUUUAAAACCAAGUGUUAAAAGAAAUGAGAAAACGAUACAAGGGCGUCAUUCUGUAGCAUAUCUGAGGGGUUUUUUUUGUCUGUCUUUUUGUCCUCUUGUUUUUCUUUUUUGUUUUUCUUAACAGAAUGACCGCUAGUUUGGUUUACCACACCCCCCCCCCUGCUCCCUUCCCUGUACAGACACAACAGGUAUUAAUGGUAACUGCUGGGUUUUCAAUAAAUAAUACAGGGAAGAAAUG